UUUGGUAACUGAUCGGCAAGAUUUUUCAUUUUAAUAAUCCAGUUGAAAGUUGAGCUCUUUAACCCUCGUAAUUAUCAUCGGUGACUCACCAGAAAUUCAAACACUGAGAAACUCAGAAACAUGAUGACAAUGCAGUUUUUACCACUUGCUGAUCCUACCUUCCCUCGCACAAGAAGCUUCUCCCCCACCCUCACUUCACCAAAACGAUCUUACCUUCACACAACAAACAAACUCAAUUUCACACACAUCCCCAAACCCGAUUCCCCAUUUUCACCAUCCCCGUCAUCUUACCACCUCAAAUCAACAAACCCCAUUUUGUGUCACCCUUUUUCUAAACCAUCUUUUCUUUGCGGCAAUUCAUCGAACAGUAGUGCUGCGGCAAAUGAAAGUGAUGGAAGAAGCUUUCUUGAAGUGGUUGGAGAAGGCGUAUCAACUGCAUUUCCAUUAUGGGUAGCUUUGGGAUGCUUGCUUGGUUUGGUUAGGCCUAGUUCUUACAAUUGGGUGCAGCCACAAUGGAUUGUUACUGGCAUUACUGUUACUAUGCUUGGCAUGGGAAUGACUCUUACAUUCGAUGAUCUCGGUGAAGCUGUAGCCAUGCCAAAGGAGUUGUUAGCUGGGUUUUUUCUUCAGUUUUCAGUGAUGCCAUUAUCUGCCUUUUUUGUCAGCAAACUCUUAAACUUGCCGUCUUAUUAUGCAGCUGGUUUAAUAUUGGUAGGCUGCUGCCCUGGAGGGACGGCUAGUAAUAUUGUAACUUAUAUUGCACGGGGAAAUGUGGCUCUUUCAGUAUUGAUGACUGCUCUAAGCACAGUGUCUGCCGUGGUCAUGACCCCUUUUCUUACGGCCAAACUUGCUGGGCAAUAUGUUGCAGUAGAUGCCAUGGGACUUCUUAUGUCCACACUGCAGGUUGUUCUUCUUCCUGUAUUGGCGGGUGCUUUCCUAAAUCAAUAUUUUAAAAAACUGGUGAAAUUUGUGUCACCGUUGAUGCCACCCAUUGCUGUUGCAACUGUCGCUAUUCUUUGUGGUAAUGCCAUAGCACAGAGUUCCUCAGCAAUCCUUACAUCUGGUCGACAAGUUGUUUUAGCCGCUGCUCUCCUUCACACAUCUGGAUUUUUUUUUGGUUACGUGCUUGCAAGGUUGCUUGGGAUUGAUGUGUCUUCUUCAAGAACUAUAUCUAUUGAAGUUGGCAUGCAGAAUUCAGUGCUUGGGGUAGUUCUAGCAACUCAACACUUUGGGAAUCCGCUUACAGCAGUACCAUGUGCAGUUUCCAGCGUGUGCCACUCGAUCUUAGGCAGUGCCUUAGCAGGAAUAUGGAGACGCUCGAACCCCAGUCAAAUACAGAAUUAGAAUGUUAUCUUUGAUCUUAGGAAAAUAGCUGUUUUUUUUAUGUGAACUUUUGUACUAUUGUUGUUCGUUUGCUCUUGAAGAAUAGGAUUUGUACCUGGUUCGUCUUAUAGAACAUCUUCAUGACUAGAGAUAUUGAGUAUCGAAACCUGAACUUGUUUAUC